GGCGCCGGCCAAACAGAGCCCGAGGGCGGGCCUAGCGCGCCCGGACGGAGACCACCUUGCGGCCGACCCCGCUCCCCCGCCUCCUCGGGAGAGAUAAAUGCUGACUCCGCUCGGAAAGUUCUCAACUGCAAAGUUUGCUCUCCGGCUGCCUAGGGUCUGGGAAGCUCGGGCACCCUCCCUCUCCGGGGCUCCUGCUCCCACCCCUCCGGCCCCCCCACCGUCGCGCUCCUCCAGGCUGGGCCUGUGGCCGCGGUGCUUUUUAAUUUUCCCCCAGCUCAGAAUCUUGCUGCUCGGCCCCCAGGAGAGCAACAACUCAACGGGAACGAUGUGGAAGGUGUCAGCUCUGCUCUUCGUUUUGGGAAGCGCUUCGCUAUGGGUCCUGGCAGAAGGAGCCAGCACAGGCCAGCCAGAAGAUGACACUGAGACUACAGGUUUGGAAGGCGGCGUUGCCAUGCCAGGUGCCGAAGAUGAUGUGGUGACUCCAGGAACCAGCGAAGACCGCUAUAAGUCUGGCUUGACAACUCUGGUGGCAACAAGUGUCAACAGUGUAACAGGCAUUCGCAUCGAGGAUCUGCCAACUUCAGAAAGCACAGUCCACGCGCAAGAACAAAGUCCAAGCGCCACAGCCUCAAACGUGGCCACCAGUCACUCCACGGAGAAAGUGGAUGGAGACACACAGACAACAGUUGAGAAAGAUGGUUUGGCAACAGUGACCCUGGUUGGAAUCAUAGUUGGGGUCUUACUAGCCAUCGGCUUCAUUGGUGGAAUCAUCGUUGUGGUUAUGCGAAAAAUGUCGGGAAGGUACUCGCCCUAAAGAGCUGAAGGGUUACGCCCUGCUGCCAACGUGCUUAAAAAAAGACCGUUUCUGACUCUGUGCCCUGUCCCUGAGCUCGUAGGAGAAGAUGACCCGUGGAACACUUGCCUGGCCCACUCAGAAUCCACGGUGACCUCUCCGCUUGCCAAAAUAACCGAAGGAAAGACUGUUCACCAGACCUGGCUCCUCUAAACAUUUGCUGUUCCAACAUGUUUUUGAAUAUACAUUCUAUAAAAGAUUAUUUGAAAGACAACAUUCGUAGAAAAUGGAGCAAAACUGUAUAAACCGAUUUGUAACUAACACUGGACCAUUGGAUCGAUAUUAUAUGCUGUAACCAUGUGUCUCCGUCUGACCAUUCUUGUUAUUGUUAAAAUGCAGAGGAAUCUGGAAAUAUUUAUAUCCACGGAGUCCUUGGAUCCAGUGCUACGUCAGUAAAUAGCACCAGCAUUUUGCAAUUGCUGAUCUGCUGAAAUGUA